AUGCCCGCCGCUCCAGCUAACGUUGCCGCCAAAGACCCUCAGGCAAUUCGCUCUCGGCACCCCGAACAAAACUCCUCCAGUGAAGCUCUCGUCGAGAAGAGUGCCGAACGCUCCUCGCCGGCUUCAUCUACGGAAGUCCCUGUCGUCCGACCAUCCUCAGCAGACAAUGCAUCCGAUGCCGAUGCCGCUUCGACCCCAGCCACGGGCGCAACUCCUGGCGAUACCCCACGUCGGAAGGGAGUUCCGGGUCCCAAACCAGGCAACAAACGGACAAAUGGGCAGACCGAACCUACAGGGCGAGCUAGGGGUAGACCCGGACCGAAGAAGAAGCCCAAGACUGAAGAAGGGACGGAUACCGCAAAGCUUCCUACCACCCACCGCCUCGGGCCCAAGGCCAACACCGGUGCUAUCAAUGCUGGCCUGCGCGCCUUGGACCGCACCGGCGCUCCCUGUCGCAGGUGGGAGCGACAGCCCUUGAAGCUCCGCAGCUUCACUGGCGUUCUUUGGCAGCUGCCUUCCUGGCGUAGCCCUCAAUCGUCUCAACCGGAGAGCGACGAUAGCAAGUCGGCUGCGCUUGAGAGUGGUGACAGCGAUGCAAAGCCCACCUCGGCGCCCGGCCCCGACACUCUCAAUGGCAGCAGCGCUGUUCCCAGUGAGAAGAGCACGGGUGAUGGUGAUGGCGAUGUCACCCCUGCUCCGUCCAACCUCGUUGAGCCCUCGUCGCCAGCAAUCGCCAUGACGGCGUAA